CCUUCUUCUAUUACUCUUGCCUGGUCUUCUACCAUACAUACAUAACAAGCCCUCGCUCCCCCGUUUCCCUCUUUUUUGGGGGGUGAGAUACUUGGCCUGGAAACAGUGUAUGAUGCGAUAGCCUGAUUUGGGCCUUCCGGUUAAGUCAUUGGCUCGACCCCCCCUUCCCCAGAAAGAAUUGCAUUUCUCAAUCGUCUUCACUAUUGAGCAGAAAUUCGAAUCUCACAAUACAUACAGGCUCACCAUGGCGACCCUAACCAGGGCCGAUCCUCAUCGCGCCGACCUCUUCCACAGCAUGUAUGGUUAUAGCAGUUCCAGCGUUGCGCUUCCACCACCCGUGCUGCUGACGAGUACUUGGUGGGACGAACAAAAAAUCCGGGAAACCGCAACCCCGUGGUUCGUCCGUCAAGCACUGCGCUCCUCCUCUUCGAAAAAGCGCCUAGACGAGCAAUUGCAAUUCGGCGAGGGGUUAACAGAGAGUACGUACCUGGAUUGGAUACUCGAGCACACAAGGAAAUUCUUCCUGAUCUUGGUGGAGCUGAAUUGCGCCGAGAUGAUUUUCGAGAUCAUAGAUGGGUCAUGGGAUGAUGAGGACUUGCCACUCAGCUUACAGACGGUGGAGAGGUUGGGGCUAGGUAGCGCAGGGGUGGAAAAGAAGUUUGCUAAGAAACAAUAUGCUUAUUUGGUGAGGGAGUUGGUGCCCGGUGAAACGGUGGAGUAUUCGGACGAAGAGGUGGUUCCUCUAGAGGUCAUUUCCAGGAGGGUGCCGACUACAUCUAGUGGGGCCACAAAGGGCGGGCUAGUUGAGAAGGUUUAUUUUCCGAGGCAGAGGGAGGUGUAUUACUCUCGGCGACGGGUACUGCUAAGCCAGGAGGGGGAUGAAGACAGCGGAGUAGGAGGGAAUAAAAUGUCGCCUGCGUCAUUCUUUGAGGAAAUCUCCCGUCUUGGAUCAAUCGAUCAUCCACACAUAGUUUCUAUAUUCGCCUCUUACACGCAAGGUGACUACGGGUUUCUAGUCCUUUCGCCAUGCAUCGACUUAACGUUAAAGUCGUUCCUGCAUUCCACACCCCCAGCUUGGAAAUCUCAGCCAAAAGACAAGCGCCGGCGGAUAAUCUUCAAUUGGCUACACUGUUUGGCAGACGCGCUCGCGCACUUGCACGAGAAGGGUAUUUCCCACGGCGACAUCAAGCCUUCAUCAAUCAUAAUCGAAGCAACCACCUACAAAAUCUUCUUCGCAGACACCGGAGAUUUGAAACGCCUCGACUCCUCACCGACAAGCGCCGUGGGUCCAUCAUCCUUUCUCCCCCGGAAGUUCAACACAUCACCCGUAUCGGCGGACGUGGAGGGUUAUGAGUACGGCGCACCAGAGCUUUGGCAGCGAAUAUUAGCACUGCACGGAUCCCCGUCGCAACCAACAAACACCGUAUUUUCUGGCCGAUCUUAUAGAAAAGCAUCGACCCAGAGCACCAAUUCCAACUCCUCCGAAGAGACACCCUCUCCGUCGUCAACAAACAUCUCCGUCGGUCACUGGUCAUCAGCUACCCCUGCUCACCCUGCCACAUCUGAUGUGUUCUCCUUAGGAUGCAUAUAUCUAGAUGUCCUAUCGUUCAAACAAAAGCGUAAAACCACGGCAUUCAUCUCCCAUCGAUCUGCCAAGAAUCGACGACCUCGGGAGUCCGGUCCGCCGGACGCUUCGUUCCAUUCUAAUCUCGGACAGGUGGACAGCUGGAUCGGCGGGCUUCUCAAAGAGACGAAGAAGAAGCCUGACGAAGCACUUGUCGAAGCGUUAGGCAUUACCAGGAGAAUGUUAUUACGAAACCCAGAAGCCCGUCCGGGAGGGCGAAGAGUUGCGGAUGAAUUCUAUACCGUUGUUAGCGGUGCAUGCGAAGGUACCGAGGCGCCGUGUUGUGGAGUGCAUAAUAUUGUUGGUGGUAAUGCCGAAGGGGAGGUUUUUGGCGGAUGGGGGAUUGAGAGUUUAAUGCUCAAAACGCAGACCUCGAGGGGCAGCGCGGGGAGUGAAGGGCUAUUGUCCAAGAGGAGUACUGUGGGGACUAGAGCGAGUGGGAGUUCGGGAUCUGUGGGGAGCCGGAGGUGGAUGGCUGUCUGAUGUUCUUUCCGCACUCUUUAUUUGAGAAUGUUUGUGCUUGGGGUGUUUGUACUUUUGCUUCUGUCCUCACUUUUGUGUCUCGUUUCCUCCCACUCCUACUGUUACUAUUCCUUGAUCUUUAGCAUGGCCGGGGUUUUGUUUCCUUUGUUUGGGUGGUUCAUGUUCCUGCUUUUUGGUGGCCUACUUUUUCUUUUCUUUUUUUUUAGACCGGUUUAUAUGAGGUAAAUAUUAUAACGAUUCACGAAGGGUACAUUAACUGGCCUGAAAAUAUAAAUUUUUUUACAUAAA